AUGGAGAAAAGUCUGGUCUCCUUUACCACAGACCCCACCACCUACACAAAGGAAUAUCAAUAUCUUACUCAAGUGUACCAACUAGCGUGGAAUGACAUCUAUGUCAUCCUAUACUACACCUUAACCCCAGAGGAAAAGAAAUCUGUCUGGCUGACCGUGGAGGCACAUGCAGACAACGUACACUGCACGAAACAAGCCUCCUCACCCGCGGCGCGCGGGGAGGCCGGCCGGGCGGCGGGCUCACCUCUCAUUGUCCGCGGCGGAGGUGGCGGCGGCGGCGGCGGCGGCGGCGGCGGCGGCGGCGGCGGCGGCGACUUCUUCCUAGUGCUGCUUGACCCGGUGGGUGGCGACGUGGAGACUGGGGUCACCGGUCGCGACGAAGGGCCCGCUUGGAGGGAACAGACCGAGGCAGACCUGGGGCCCCACGGGGAAGAGAACGACCUGAAGCCUGCGGGCCGCCCUGCGCUGAGCCCCCGCUGCCUGCCCGCGGUCCCAGUCCAGGCCCCGGGCCCCGCCCCAGGCCCCGGCCCAGGCCCCACGGCGGCCUUCUCAGGCACGGUCACUGUCCACAACCAGGAUCUGCUUGUGCGCUUUGAGAACGGCGUCCUCACCCUUACCACGCCCCCGCUGCCGGUCUGGGAGCCAGGGGUCGCGCCCUUCCAGCAGGCUGGGGGCCUCAUGGCCCCGCCGCCCGGGUUCCCGCACGCGGUGCAGCUAGGUGAUUGCCCAGAGCUGCCGCCCGACCUCCUGCUGGCCGAGCCGGCCGAACCUGUGGCAGCCCCUGCGCCAGAGGAGGAGGCUGAGGGCCAGGCCUCGGCCCAGAGCCCCCGCGGGCCCGUGUGCCCCGGCCCGGGCGUGGUGUUCUACCUCUGCCCUGAGCCGCAGUGCGGACAAACUUUUGCCAAGAAGCACCAGCUGAAGGUGCACCUGCUGACUCACAGCAGCAGUCAGGGCCAGCGCCCCUUCAAGUGUCCUCUGGGCGGCUGUGGCUGGACCUUCACGACGUCUUACAAGCUCAAGAGACACCUGCAGUCUCAUGACAAACUGCGGCCGUUCAGCUGCCCAGUGGAAGGCUGUGGCAAGAGCUUCACCACCGUGUACAACCUCAAGGCGCACAUGAAGGGCCACGAGCAGGAGAACUCCUUCAAAUGUGAGGUGUGUGAGGAGAGCUUCCCCACCCAGGCCAAGCUCAGCGCCCACCAACGCAGUCACUUCGAGCCAGAGAGACCCUACCAGUGUGCGUUUUCGGGCUGCAAGAAGACGUUUAUCACAGUGAGUGCCCUGUUUUCCCAUAACCGCGCCCAUUUCAGGGAACAGGAACUCUUCGCCUGCUCUUUCCCUGGCUGCAGCAAACAGUAUGACAAGGCUUGCAGGCUAAAAAUUCACCUGCGGAGCCACACGGGCGAGAGACCUUUCCUGUGCGACUUUGAUGGCUGUGGCUGGAACUUCACCAGCAUGUCUAAACUCUUAAGGCACAAAAGGAAGCACGAGGAUGACCGGAGGUUCACGUGCCCCGUCGAAGGGUGUGGGAAGUCCUUCACCAGGGCUGAGCAUCUGAAAGGCCACAGCAUCACCCACCUGGGCACAAAACCUUUUGUGUGUCCUGUGGAAGGCUGCUGUGCCAGGUUCUCCGCCCGAAGUAGUCUCUACAUCCACUCCAAGAAACACCUGCAGGAUGUGGACACCUGGAAAAGCCGUUGCCCUGUCUCCACCUGUAAUAAACUCUUCACAUCCAAGCACAGCAUGAAGACCCACAUGGCCAAGAGACACAACCUGGGUCAUGAUCUUUUAGCUCAGCUAGAAGCUGCAAAUUCCCUUACGCCCAGCAGUGAACUUACCAGCCAGGGACAGAAUGAUCUCAGUGAGGCAGAGAUCGUGUCUCUCUUCUCUGAUGUGACUGGCAAUGGUUCUGCUGCAGUGCUGGACACAGCGCUGGUGAAUUCUGGAAUCUUGACUAUUGAUGUGGCUUCUGUCAGCUCGACUCUGGCAGGGCAUCUGCCAGCCAGUAACAGUAAUUCCUUAGGGCAGGCUGUGGACCCUCGGGCCUUGAUGGCCACCAGUGACCUUCCUCAAAGUGUGGAUACCUCUCUCUUUUUUGGCACACCACCCACCGGCCCUCAGCAGAGUCCCUUAGAUGUGGACAAUGUCUCCAGUGUAAGUGUGGGGCCACUGGGGUCUCUAGGCUCUUUGGCUGUGAAAAACUCCAGACCAGAGCCCCAGCCCCAGGCUUUGACACCCAGCAAUAAGCUAACAGUGGAUGCAGAUGCUCUGACUCCUUCCAGUACCCUCUGUGAAAACAGUGUCUCAGAGCUGCUGACACCAACCAAAGCGGAUUGGAAUGUACAUCCUGACCCUGACUUCUUUGGACAGGAGGAAGAAACCCAGUUUGGUUUCUCCAGUCCAGCAAGAAAGCGCGCUUCUCAGAAAGAAACGGAUCUUAUCACAGUGACUGGCAGCUCAUUCUUGCUAUGAUCUGACUCUGUUUGCUCCUUGCCAUGUGGCUUACUUGUACUACACUCAAUUUCGAGGGUACUCGGGACUGAAUGCUUAUACGCAGUCAUUUCCCCUAAAAGGUUUGCAAAACAGCGCAUUCCUGGACUACAAGUUUGGAGAUUUAAAUUCUGAUCUUGAGUCUGGGAAUGACACAUUCUGUGACCCUGAACAAGUCACUUCACCUGUCUGAGCCUUAAUUUCUUUAUGUAUAAAAAGAUGUAGCUUGGAUUGUUUCCAAGGUCUCUUCAACUUUGUCUGCUUAUGUUUCUUUUCUUGAAAAAUACUGAGACAUUUCAUUGAUUAUAUUUUUAAAUGAUGUUAUGUUUUAAUGAAUAUCUGUGUUCUGUGCACCUGAGUUCAAUAAUUAUUAUUGCCCAAUAUGCAGUCAUGUUUUAAAGUUUCCUUUGUCGCAAGAAUAAUAGUUGUACCAUUUUUAAUAUUUAUUAUCUCAGUCUUACUUUUUUGUGUGUCCGUUCAUCUUUCAUCUUCCUUGCAUUUCAUUCAUUGAAAAGAUUAGUUUAUUGUAUGUGUCAUCCACCACAGCUAAAACCUGGUAAGUUUUUCGUUUUGCAGUAUUGCUCACUUUGUUUUAUCUUUUCUCAAAUUAAUAGUUUUAGAGGUUUUAUCCGAUUGUGAAAUUAUUUUUAUCAUAUUCCAUAAAGUAUAUUGUGUUCUUUCAUGAGGUGCCUGGUAAUGUAUUCCUUUCUCUUUGCUGUUGUGUUAUAAACAGAUUUUGGUCAACACAUUAAUUUGUAAUUACAUUUGCUUCCACUAUUAUGAAUUCUUAUGGAAUUACUCAUAGUUAUGGGAGUAAGAAAUGUUCUUUAAGACAUUUUAAUGGUUUAAUAGAAACACUGUUCAGUGUGAAGAUAUUUUUCUGAAGUAGUAAUAAAGCUAACAAGAAAAUCUUAGCCAAAUCUAUGUUGGUUGUUUCCCCUGUUUAUCUCCUAACCUCUUUUGUUAUAGCAGCUAUGUUUAAGAAUGGGCAUCCCAGUCUUUGAUGAGAAACUAACCCAAGUUAAAUUUGUGUUUUAGGGAAUUGGACCACUAGCAUUAAAUAAUUUAAUCGCACUAAGCCACAAUUUCCCACCUGAUUAUUACAGUGAAUAUACAUACUUUAUGUACCAGCUUAGUGUUUCUCUGCUCCAAUUUACUGCGUAAGAGUAAAAAUGUUAUGUUUUGGUAUAUAUUGAUGAUUUAUGGUUUUUUUAUGAGCAGAAUAUAUUUAUUGAGAGAAAGAAAGCUCCUGUCCCGAGAGAGGGACAGGAAGGUGGGGCCCGAGAGGGUAGUUUCCCCCUCCGAUGAUUUAUGUUUUUACCCUCUUGGUCCUUCCUAUUUUAAGAGAGAAAUUGAGGUAACGUUACCCUAUUCAUGUACCAAAAAUUAAGAUUCAGAAGUGGUAGGGUAAAAUAGAAAAACAAGUUCUUUUAUCGUGAUGUUGAAUAAUUUUCACUUCAAAAUUUGUUUUAAUUUCAGAAGUGGAAAUAUUGCCCACAUUUUUAUCUGCUGCCUCUCAUUGGAUCUGUUUUUCAAUAUCUUUGUUCUUUUUUUUGACAGGCUUCUCUUUUUGAAACACUUUUAUUGGUGUUUGUGAUGCAUAGUAUCUACAUUAAGUUUGGAGAAUUGGUAUGUACACAAAAUCAUCAUUUUACAUCACCCCCUCACUCUCUGCUCUUCCUCCUUCCCCAGACUACAUUCUCAUCUCCACAAUGUCUUAUCUCCUUGUGCCUUAUCAUUUUGUUUUAUUUUGCUGUUUAAAUUAUUUAUAUUUUGUGUCUCUCAUUUUAGAGAAAUAAUGUAAUACUUAAUUUUGUGUGGCUGAUUUAUAACACUUAACAUGGUCUCAAGAUUAUCCAUUUUCCUUCAAAAAGGCUUCUCUAUGACUGUAAAGCCUGUGUUUCCAUAAAAAUCUGAUAAUGGAGUAGAAGAAGUUCUUCUAUCUGUGGUUUGUAGAGCUGACUUUCUACAGAUUUCCAGUGCUGAAAGAAAUAGACCCUGAGUACUACAUAAACUUUCUAUUAGUUGAGUAUAGCAUUUUCAGAUUGUAGAAUAUCUUUACAACUUGUAUCUUGUUUGUUCUUUAAAGUAAACACUUAAGAAAUAGCUUUUGACAUACUUGCCGUUUUUCAUAUUAUAAUUUGGCCAGCUCAUAUGCUAACUGAGUUUUGACUGUGACAGAUAAUUCUAUAUACAGCUUUAAAGAAGAGGAAUUACUUUUACCUUGCUCAUCACUCAUACAACUUUCAUCAUUCAUUCUUGUAUCAUAAAUUAUUGCUAUUUUCGACUUUAGUUUCCUUUACCUUCUGCUCACUUUCUCCCUACUCCUCUGUCUCGCAUGUACAUUCCAUUCCUUGGCACACUUUUCUCUUUUUAAAAAUUUUGCUUUUUUAAUGCAUAGAUCACUGUCCUAUUAUUUUUUACAUUUUCCUCAUUGUACAUUUUCUUCUAAUGCUGAUAUCUGUUGUGUAUAUAUUUGGUUCUAUGUGUACAGGAAGAAAUUAUUUUCUUAG